UUUAUUUAAUUCAAAAAUAAUUUUUCAUUAUUUUGUAAAGAAGUAAUCGGAAUGAUAUUUUCUUUAUAAAUGAAUAUAUGUUUAUAAGACCAUGUAAUACGAAAAAAAUAUUUCAUACCUUUUUUUAUAUCUCAAUAUACGUUUGGUAUGCCUGAAAAUCGCCGGUCAAAAACAAGCGUUCCUAUACUAAUUUAAGUUAGGUUAGGUAUUAAAAGACGUAAGAUAUUCGUUUUUGUUUAAUAGAGUUAGUAAAUAAUAGAAAAGUAAAAAUGACGAUCGGAAAAAAUAAUAAAAUGUCGGCGCAUUUAAACUACAGAGUCCGAGUUACAUUGCAAGAUUCUAGGACUCUUAUUGGUACCUUCAAAGCUUUCGACAAGCAUAUGAACAUGAUCCUAAAUGACUGUGAAGAGUUCCGAAGAACCAAACCAAAAAAUUCCAAAGUGGAAAGGGAGGAUAAAAGAGUCCUAGGUUUCAUUUUGGUAAGAGGAGAAAGUAUAGUUUGUUUGACUGCCGAGGCCGCCCCAGCUCCAGAAGAAGGAAUGCCUAGAGUACCAAUACCUGGAGCAGCACCAGGUCCAGGUAUUGGUAGAGCUGGUGGAAGAGGCAUGCCACCAGGUAUGCCAGGUGUACCGGUCGGUCUACAAGGCCCUGUUAGGGGAGUUGGAGGACCGUCUCAACAAGUAAUGACACCAGGAGGUAGAGGACAAGUAUCAGCACCACCUCAAAUGAAUCAACCGCCAAGAAUGGGAGGACCACCACCAGGUAUGAUGGGACCUCCACCAGGAAUGAUGGGAAUGCCUCCACAAAUAGGAAUGGGACGUGGUGGACCUCCACCACCGAUGGGUAUGAGAGGACCACCACCUGGUAUGAUGAGAGGAGGACCACCCGGACCACCAAGACCUUACUAAUAUAAUUUUUAGGUUAAGUUUUAAUGAAUCUAUAUUUUUUAUUCUAGGAAGUUGUCAGGGAAAAAAAUAGUGUAGGAAGUAAUAACUAAAUGACAAAAUGUCAUUAUAAUUUAAUUUAUUUUCAGUUUUUUUUUGUCUGACGUGUCAUAAAAAUUGUUGAUUUUUAUAAAAUAUUGAACACUUUGCUUCCAAUGAUUCAAAUAAAUAUGUUUGUACAUUUUUCUUUCCUU